AAAGCCUCUCCAUACGCAUCUAUAAUUCACCUCCCAGUUGAGCUUAUACCAUAGUCGUUCAAGCUUUCAUCCAUAAGACCAGAAGAAAUCCAUUGUUGAGGCUGAGAAUAAUUGAAUCCUUGCUAUACUGUACAUCAAUGGCUAUGGCUGGUCCGCAGACGAGUUUUUUGCUCUCUGUCGUUGUCAUAAUUCUAUCAGUGGCCUCUACUACUUCAGUUUCUUUGAAGGUGGGCUUUUACAAGUCAACAUGUCCUUCUGCUGAAGCAAUUGUAAGCAAAGCUGUCAACAAAGCCAUCUCUACCAACCCUGGCAUCGCUGCUGGAUUGAUCAGAAUGCAUUUCCAUGACUGCUUCGUGAGGGGUUGUGAUGGUUCAGUGUUAAUAGAAUCUACACCUGGAAAUAUAGCUGAGAGAGACCAUCCAGCAAACAACCCUAGCUUGCGAGGCUUCGAGGUGAUCGAGGAAGCUAAGGCUGAAAUUGAAGCCGUGUGUCCUCAAACUGUUUCGUGUGCAGACAUUGUGGCUUUUGCUGCCCGAGACAGUGUGUACAAAGCCGGAGGCAUCAACUAUCAGGUUCCAUCAGGACGCAGAGAUGGUCGUGUCUCUCUUAAAGACAAUAUCCCAAACAAUCUGCCCCCGCCUUCCUUCAACGCCAUGCAACUCGUUGACCUUUUUGCACGAAAGGGAUUAUCAGUGGACGAAAUGGUGACACUUUCUGGAGCUCAUUCCAUUGGUGUAUCUCAUUGUUCUGCCUUCUCCGAUCGUCUUUACUCUUUCAAUUCCACACAUCCCCAGGAUCCUUCCAUGGAUCCUACGUUUGUUGAAUUGCUGAAGACCAAGUGCCCACCACCAACCAACAAUGGUGGUUUUAGUGAUCCGACUGUGGCACUCGACUCUUCUACACCGAACCGUUUGGACAACAAAUACUACUCGGGACUGAAGAAUCAUCAUGGCUUGUUGACUUCUGAUCAGACAUUGUACGGAAGUAUGUUAACGAGACAGAGGGUGGCCAACAAUGCCAAAGAUGGCUCCACCUGGGCUUACAAGUUUGUAAAAGCAAUGGUUCACAUGGGUUCCAUAGAAGUGCUCAGUGGCUCACAAGGCGAGAUCAGAAAGCGAUGUGGUGCUAUUAAUAAUUAACAAUGGUGGUUUCUCUUCUACAUAUAUCGUCAGAAACUAAAAAUGAAACUCCUUUUAAAUUUUUUUUCGUACAUAAAAGAUUGAUUUGUUCUGUUGUCAUAAGGUUUCGUUUGGCUUUGAAUUCGUUCGAUUAUGUUUUAGCUUUACUAACUGUAAUGAUUGUCCAGUGUCCUGCAAAUUAAAUGCAAUAAAUCGCUUCAAAAUAAAGUGAUAUUGAUGUAUUCUCUUUUACAAUUUUCCUGGCAACUCAUUGAACCACCUAAUCAGACAUUGUAAUGUAUAUGGAUUGUACUCCUUUAAACACUGA